AACAGGGGGAGUGUGAAGCUGGGGGGCCAGGCCCAGGGCAGGGACAUCCCCAGUCCACAUUCCGCACCCCAUCCAUCCCCUGCUGCAUGCAGCCCUUGGCACCUGUGUCCUCAUCUAUAAAGUGGCUGGAAUCAGAGCUGCUUCUCAAGAAUAACCUGUUCACAAGGACACCUAAGCAGGUGAGGGCAGGCCAGGUGCCACUGGGCAGCCCUCGGGGGCUGUGCUGUGAACACCUGCGUUCAGAACACCUGUAGUGAAGAGACUGUGGGCAUUCCCUGGUGGUCCCAUGGUUAGGACUCAGCUUUCACUGCCAAGGGUGAGGAUACGAUCCCUGGCUAGGAAACUAAGAUCUCACAAGUCACACAGCAUGGUCAAAAGAAAAAAAGAAUGUGCAUGAUUGUUUUACUUGGGGAAAAAUUGCCUAUUCCUAUAACUAGACUAUCUGGACUUUGCAGGUCACUGUCGACCAAGAACCACGUGCAGAUUUCAGCCAUAAAACACUGACAUCUGGGCGUGCGGCCCUGUGAACAGCAGUGGUCCUUUGGGCCAGCUGAUGCUGAGUGAUCAGGGCUAGGCUGAGGGGUUGAAUCUUUCUGGGCCUCUGUCCUCCUCAGGAGAGAAUGAGAAUAGUACCCACUUCAUGGGUUGCUCAAUGAGUAUUCAAUAAGCAAAUACCACAUAGCUUGCGGCAGCGCUAGACUCGCGUCACCUGCCGAAACACGUGAGCCUGCCCUUUUCAGGUGCGGGGCCAGUGGACGGGGCCCUCUUGCCUGGCUGUUUCUCUCCCGGCCUUCAGUGCCUUGCCCCCACCGCCCCCCCAUCCUUGCCCAGGAAGUCAGGGUGCUUUGUCACGCAGUCACACUGCCUGUCACGAUGUCACAGUCUCCAGCUAUAAGGAACAGUGCCUGGCACCUGGAGGUGCUGGGUAAAUACUGGUUAAGUGAAGCGUAGGCGCUGGAGUGGAAGGAAAACUACAAACACGGACCUGUAGUUACAGGGAGACUUUGUGUAUUGCCCUGUAUUUUUUUUUUUUUUUUUACAGAUUGAAGGUUUGUGGCAACCCUGCAUUGGAGCCAGUCUAUCGAUACCAUUUUUCCAACAGUUGCUCACUUUGUGUCUCUGUCAUGCUGUGAUUCUCACAGUAUUUCAUACUUUUUCAAUUUGUUAUAUUUGUUAUGAGGAUGGGUGAUCAGUGAUCUUUGUUAGUGCUAUGAUUUGCCAAAGGCUCCAAUGACGGUUCGCAAUUUUUAGCAGUAAAGUGAUUUUUUUUUUUACUAAGGUAUGUACUUUUUCCUAGACAUGAUGCUAUUCCAUGCUUCAUAGAAUACCGUGUAGUGUAAAUGUAACUUUUAUAUGCACUGAAAAACCAAAAAAAGUCACGCAACUCGCUUUAUGUAUUUUGGUGGGCUGGAACUAAAGCACAGUAUCUUUGAGGUAUACCUGUACUUAGAGAUGCUUUGAAGAAAGUAAAGCAGGGUCAUGUGAGAGAGAGGGGACUGUGUUACCCAGGAUGGUUCUAGAAGGGAGGCUCAGGGAGCAGGUGACACUUGAGCUGCCAUCCAGUCAUCUUUUUGGACAGUGCUCCUGGCGUAGGGGGUGUUCCAGGAACCCCAGCGUGGUCUGCAUGGUUCAGCAGGGGAGACCAGGGCAUGGAGCACCUCACAGGCCAGGGCGAGCCUUCAGGCUUCUUUCCUGAGAGUAUGCGCCCGCAUUUUUGGGUGUUCACGAGUGGUCCUUGGGGCUGAGUCUGGGAAGCAGGGAGCACGUCUAUACUUGGCUUGAUCGGCCUGUCACUGGUGGAGAGCAGCAUUAGGAGUUGUGGGUCUAGAAUUUUAGGAGUUGGAUGCUAGGUGAGGAGGAGGGGAGAGGGGGCAUGCCUUCGGUUCUGGACCCCCAGCCUGCCCCCCAUCCCAUGGUUCUUGGCCGCGCUGCCCCUCCUGAAAGCCAUGGGCCCAGCCGGAACCUCCUGCCUCGCCUGCUCCCCCCGGGGGAGGGGUGUUUGCCUGUUGCCAGGCGCCCAGGUUCCGGCCCCUGGCACUUGCUGCAGCCAUGCUGCACAUACAGUCCUUCCUGCCAUGGCUGCUUCUACUGACGAUGCCCAUUUGCACCCACGCCUGGUCACGGCCCAUGUGGUACCAGGUGGGCCUGGACUUACAGCCCUGGGGGUGCCAGCCAAGCAGCCUAGAGGGUUGUGAGAGCAGCCUGGGCUGUCCCGGCUACUGGAUGGGCCUGGGGACGAACCGCAUCUACCCGGUGGCUGGGGUCACGGUCACCACGACCAUGAUGCUGAUGCUCAGCCGUGCGCUGAUGCAGCGGCGGCGUUCACAGGCCUCUAAGAGCGAGCAUCCGCAGCUGGCCGCCCACCCCUGCGCCACUUGGAAACGACGUGGCCCGAUCUCAGACCACGCCCUCCUCCUCGGCGUCCUGCAUAUGCUGGAUGCCCUCCUGCUGCAUAUUGAGUGCCACCUGCAGCGUCUAGCUGCCCAGCAGCGCUCCCAAAUAAAGGGGACUCCCGCCCAGACCGGGUGACCCAACACUUUCCUCUCUCUGCCUGGUGGCUUGUUGUGGUUUGUUGGACCAGGCUCAGGCCAGUGUCUCGUUCUCUCCAGACCUGUCGAGACCCUGUGCCCCUUUCCUACUUUCAGAGCCAGCAGACCCAUCGAGGCCUCAGUGCUCCUCGAUGGUGGGGCAGGUGGGGCCCGGGCUGGCUCACACUGCUCCAUCACCCCCCGUCCCAACUCAGCCCUCCUCUUUAGGGAUCAUGCUCACAAAUGCAACUGCUCCUCUGGGGCUUCUCGGGGUCCCCAGUGUGGGGGGGGGAGACUUGGCCAUCAGGGCAGGUGUGUGUGGUCCGGGGAGGGCAGCCCAGAGGUGACCAUGUGGCUGAGUCAGCUAGGGCUCCUGGUUGAGCCUGCGGGGCCCGAGCUGGGGCUGGGGGUUAGAGGGUGGGCCCUGGCAGCCUUCAUCUUUAUGACAUCUCAAACAUGCAGAGGCAUCUAAGUGGCUCUUGCUCUAAGACCCCUCGGAAGCGGGAUGAGGGCUAAACCUCCCCAAGGGACCCUCACCGCCCCCUUCCUCCCUUCCUCUACCAUCAGAUCAGAUCAGAUCAGAUCAGUCGCUCAGUCGUGUCUGACUCUUUGCGACCCCAUGAAUCGCAGCACGCCAGGCCUCCCUGUCCAUCA